AUGCACGGCUGCAGGUCCGACGGCACAAUAGACGAUUCGGACUUCAGCAACCCUCUUCCAUGGAUCGGCGUCUAUGUCGCCCUCUUUUCUCUGGUCUGCGCCGUCCUGAUGGGAUUCGACUUAGCGGAAGGCUUCCGCCGUCGGAGGCACUGGUUCCCCUGUAGAGCCUUCUCUCUCAACGCUACCACCCUCACCCUAUUGGGCAUCGCCGCGAAGCUCCCGGCCGACAUCAACACUGCCAUGCCCGGCCGCUGGGACCAGCUCUCCAAGCUGACUGGUGCCGUCCUCGUCUGCACCGCCAUGGGGAACAUCAUGCCUUCUCUCGGGGUGACAGACAACAUCUUCUCCAACACCGUGGCUCUCGCAAUUCUCGUGAUCACCGUAGUCGGAAACAUAACAACGCAACUGACCACCGGGGUGAUCUACUCUUUCCAUCUCGAGCAUUAUAUCGUCCUCUCCUUCAUGCUGAUCCUGCUGGCGAUCACCAUCUCCUCUGCUCUGAUCGUGUCAACUACCAAGGAGGACCUGGAGAAGAAGUACAAUACGAAAUUGAAGAUGGAAAAAGAGCGGAAUUCUGAUCAGAAGCUGGAGAUGACCGUGGAUGAAUAUUGGUUGAUGGCUCACACGAGUAGCCCACAGUAUGUCCUGGGACGUUCCGCCAACUGCACUGCGUCUGGGGUGUUUUGUCUUCUUGGAGCGGUCGUGUUGAUCCAAGCUGUUUGUCGAUCCUUCGUCCCAGAGUUUCGGAGUUUCUGUGCCGGGGAAUCGGACUACGAGUGGUCGUCGGUGGUGGUUUCCAUUUCUCAGAUGGUCACUAUCUCUGUUGGGACUGUGGCUCCGGCUUGGAGAUGCCUCAGCGCCGUCCGAUUCCGCGGGAAGAAGAUUGGUGGGUGGAAUGCGCUUUCACUGGAGAAAUAUUGGUUUCUGAUGUUGAACGAAAGAAGAGAGUCGCGUCUGAAGCCCUUGAUCGAUCGGAGGUGGUUCAGGAAGGCCGGGCGCACUUUGAGGAACAGCAGUCUAUGGUUGCUGAUCGUGAUGCAGGCUGUUGUCGUAGUCUUCUGCAAGGUCGUCGCUCUUCUCUCUCUGUUGGUCGGCAUCGGUGUGUGGCAUAUUUGCCGGAUGAUACGACACCCGAGGACGCGUCUGUCGUCGGCGAGCUCGGUCUGUUUCGUCGAUAAGGGCAGAGAUGAAGAUUUUGGGGUUGACCUCGGAGAGUUCGUCCUGCAUCUCGAAGGGGAGAAUCAGCUGGUGGAACUGAUCAUGAAAAGCGGUCGGCGGGACUCUGAGAAAUCGAUCCAGGAGGGGCGGGAUCGGCCGCCCGUUCACCUGACGGAACUCAUCAGACAGUAUUCUUCAAAUGGCUUCCUAAAGAUCGGUCGUUGCGGCGUUCGUCAGAUGUAUCCCAAUUGCUGGGCGCUGCCGCUGGUGACUCUGGCGAGCAUCGCAUUGGCUAUCCCGGGUAUUGAUAGGGCGGCGUUGAAGGCGCUCCGGCGCGGCGUGGAUGAAGGGCUAAGAUACGUUCGACUGGUCGACAGGCAUCUGGACACGCACGGGCUGGUAAAUGCGGCGGAGGCGGCGGACAUUCUGUGGGAUCAAGUCGAUCUGUUCGGCCGAUGGUUUGAUACGAAGCUGUGCCGGCUGUCAGGACGUGGAGAUCACGUUGCUACGGAAGAGAUUCUGAGAAUACUCGAGAAUGUGGGAAUCCUGGAAGAGAGAAGAGGCGGGCAGGAAAAUGGUACAGAACCCGCAAAUUGGCCUCCGAGGGUGCUCGCGGGGAUGUCUAUGAAGACGAUGGCCAGGACAAUUAGGGAGGGUGCCGGCGCAGAUUUGUCGCCGGUGGCCCUCUUUGGGUGGCUGUGCGAAGCGAUCGCCGACUUGCUGGGCGCCUGCCUGACAAAUAUCCCUAAAGUGGUGUGGAUGGAGUGCAUCUGCAGCAGUACGGAGGAGAGAGAGGAGAGAGUCGAGGAGGCAGCGCUCCUGGUCGGGGAGUCUCAGGAACUACUGGAGUUUCUCAAUCAGCAUCGCGCCAACAGCUACCCUCAAGGAGAACGGCAUAGCGUUGAUGCGUGGGCAUCCUCGAUCGUCUAG